AUGGCACCCAAGAAGGAGACCACCACCACCAGCAAGCCCAAGAGCAGCCAUGCUUCCUACCAGGACAUGAUUACUUACGGCAUCACUACUCUCAAGGAGCGCAACGGUUCCAGCCGUCAAGCCCUGAAGAAGUUCGUCAAGGCCAACAACACCAUCACCGCCACUGAUGCUCAGUUCGACAACCUGUUCAACAAGGCACUGAAGUCUGGUGUUGAGAAGGGUGUAUUCGAGCAGCCCAAGGGUCCUUCUGGCCCCGUCAAGUUGUCCAAGAAGUCCAAGGAGGCCAAGCCUGCCGCUAAGGAGGGUGACAAGCCUGCUGCUAAGAAGGCCGCACCCAAGAAGGAGGGUGCUGCUAAGAAGGCUGCCCCCAAGAAGCCUGCUGCCAAGAAGGAGGCCGGCGAGAAGAAGGCUGCCCCUAAGAAGGCCGCCGCCCCCAAGAAGGCUGCUGCACCCAAGAAGGCCGCCGCCAAGAAGGAGGAGAAGCCCGCUGCCCUGACCAAGACCAAGACCGGCCGUGUGUCCAAGACCACCAAGGCACCUGCUACCAAGAAGGCAGCGCCCAAGAAGGCCGCACCAAAGAAGGCAGCACCAAAGAAGGAGGCAGCCAAGGCUGAGGCAUGA